UAUGCAUAAGCGACAAGUUUAAAUUGAGACAUUAAAGUAAGUAUGUUAUAAUAAUAGUUAGUCCUUCUAAGUGUCUUACCCAAUCAAGAUCACCGAAAUAAAAUGUUAAACCUAUCCAACCUUAAAUUUUAAAGUAAAUUACUCAAUUAAUCAAAAACUCAAAAGAAAGAAACACUGAAAGACUUUGCAAACCUUAUGAGAAAUUGAAAUGCAUAUAAAAUAUAUAACCUUCUACUACUUCUAGACCAAUAGAAGGUCGUGAUAUAUCAGUCACUUUUCAUUAAUUACUAUAAGAGUUUAGAAAUUAUAAGAAGCAAAACAAAGAGAAUUCAUUUAAUAGAAUCAAUAAACCAUCAAAAAAAGUGAGACAAAUUAGUUUUCCUAAUGCAGUUCUUCUCAAUAAUUCCAAUAGUGGAAGUCGUAUAAAAGAUAGUAUUUAUUUUUAAUAAAGGAGCUUCCAAUGACAAAUUAACAUAAAAAAUAUUAUCAAUAGCCAAAGCUUCACAUUCACAGAAUAAUUAUAAAUUAUAAUUUAAUGGAGUUAUAGAAGAUAUGUGUAGAUGUUCAUAAGAAUAUAACCAUUUAUUGAAUGAAUUCAAAGAAAAUUUGAAAAAUAAUGAUUCUCAUUACAGAAAGAGUUCAUAAAGAUGUGCCUCAGCUGAUAUUUAAUUGAUUGUAAGAAGUCCAAAUAAAAAAUCAAGAUCAUCAUCUAUAGAUCGAAAAGAAUCAAGAUUUUUAGGUUCAACAUAAGCACAUUCCAAUCCAAAAGAAUUAGAUUUAACAUGUGAUGAAAAUGAUAUAGUUGUACACAAUGUUAAUCUUGAUGAAAGAAUUAAAACCGAACCAGAUCCCUUAAUUAAUCAAGAAAGAUUAUAUUUGGCUGAUCCAUAUUAUUUAACUAAAUAAAGUGAAAUCACAUGGUUAAUAAGAGCUAUAGUAAUUGAUUGGAUGAUGGAAACAGCAAUGGGUAAUAGAUUAAAAAGAUAAACAUUUCAUUUAUCAAUAUUUUAUUUAGAUUCAUACUUGUCUAAGAAACAAGCUAAUAAAUAAAAUAUAUAAUUAGUUGGAUUAGCAAGUUUAUUAAUUGCCAACAAAGUAGAAGAAGUUAAUCCAAUUUGUCUUAUGCAAUUUUAAAAGGCUGCUAAUAAUGGUUAUAAAUAAAGUGAAAUCUUAAAUAUGGAAUUAGAUAUAUUAUUUGUAAUAAUUUAUUAUUUUUAUAUUUAGACACUUAAAUGGUAAGUGAAUCCACCAUCAUACACAUAUUGGAUUAAUUGGUUUACAGAUUAAUGGGAUAUUUAUGCAAAUAAUCAUGGUAUCAAUCUCUUUUUUCGAAAAGCAAAUGAAGAAUCUUAUUAAUGUAUUUAAAUCUUAAUAAAAAGUAUUUAGAAAGUUAUGUCAACUUAUUGAUUGCACAUUAUUGGAUAUUCAAACUCUUCAAUAUAUGCCUAGAACUAUUGUUGCCUCAUUUAUGUAUUUGAUAAUUUCAUUUUAAUUAAAUGUCUUUGAAAUUGAUAUGCUUGAAAUUAUGUCUAGAACAUCAAUGUUUUUAUUAAAUCGUAUAUAUUUUAUUAAUAAUUUUUAGGAGAUAACUAAUUCAACUUAAUAUUUGGAUAAUUUGUAUCAAUUACUUUUGGUUUUGCAUUAUAAGAUAUACUACCAGCUAUUUAAUAUGCAGUUGGUUUUUAUGAAUUAGAAAUUAAUUAUGAAACUCCUCCUGGAGUUGUUCAUUUAUCCAAUACUCCAUUGGAAGUAAUAUAUAUAUAUUAAAUUUAGUCUAAUUAUGAAGAAUUUCUUUCAUUUUAAUGUUAUUCAAAAUACUAACUUGAAUUUGUCAGAUAAAAAAUAAGAGAUUGA